UGCGAUGUUCAUCCUGCAACUGUGGGUAUGGGAGCAUCUACCGAUGUUCGCACCUGCCGACCCACGUCCAUACCGGAGAAACGAUGAUGAACUCAACUUUCUGCAAAAUCUCCCCUACGGUGUCAAGUGGAUAGGAGCAAAUACGAAUGACCAUCAACCUGAGCAUUCGUUAUUGUUUUAUCGUUCUGAGUUAGAUAAACCAUGGUGGAAUCAGGUAAUCAUAUUUUGUCCAUAUUUGAACAAGUUAAAUUUUGUCAAUGUAAAUGGUCAUUAAUUCCGAAUUUUUUAAUGAAUAUAGGUUAUAUGGG